AGGUUGACUCACUGAAGGAUGAAGGCCUUCGUCUCGUUCAUCAUCCUCGUGUCGGCCUGUUUGUCCGCGGCGACGCCGUCCUACAGGGUGAGAUCUCAGAGUUCAGUGAGCGACGAAAAUGCGGUGGUCUUCACCUACGGACGUCUGUUGUUCAGUAAGAGCAGGCAAAGGCCACAAAUUCGAUACAACAAUCCUGCACUGCAAGGAGAAAAUCAGAUGACAACACAUCUGUACGGGUGGAACGAGGCCCACUACUGGCUGAGAUUCUGGCACCCCAUGCUAAACAGAAGGCCAACGACAACCAUGGUGGCAGCAGCAAAGCCCACAGCGAGACCUGGAGUCAUCACACACCGAGGGGACACCAGCUUUUGGGAAACAUGGUCGACUGUGACAAAUAAGCAAGCAUCAAGCGGAAAAGAAAAUGCCACAAGAACGACGACAAUCCAGACAGCAACGAUGACAUCAGGCCUCCCAGAGAAAAGAGGAGACAACAUAAUGGGGGCCAACACACCGGAGCCGAACCAAAACCCACACUGGACCAGUCAGUGGUCUGUUCUGAAGGUGGACAUGGUGACUAAAACAAGAGACACACACACCCCAGGGUCAAGGUCCGAGACGGAAAAUCCCAGGAAAAGUCGCACGAAAACACAAACACAGAGAACGUGGCCAGCGGAGACGAGGAGCGGCACAAAGCCUGAUGGGAGCCCAUCACCUGCUGCAGCAACACUGGGCAGGUCAUACGACUUCACCCAGAAUUCCACUGGUGUUAUUCCCACUGAGAUGUCACAGACAACACAAACAGCAGAGCUCACGUUACUCUUCACUGCUGUGCCUUUCACCACAAAGUUCAGGUCCACUUUGGCUUUCAGAGGAGGUCCUCAUCUUGGAGGUCCCACUAGCAGCAGGGAACCCCAAAUCAGAGGAGAUAACUAUCUUCCCCUGAGCUACAGGAGUAUGGCUGGUGACCCCAGAGGAGUGACCACUGACUGGACCGAUGGACUUCAGUCUGCCAUCGCAUCUCAGCCUGGAAGGUCCCCAAAGCUCACGUUUGAAAAGCAAGCGAUUAACGGUUCCACCGGGAGCGCCCGCAAAAAACGGAACACGAGCGGGAACAACAUCGAGAAACUGGGCGGGCUGCCUUCCCUAAAGGAGCUCUUAAUGGGGCGAGCGCUUCGAGGUGACUCGGAGAGCGUGGAAGCCGGAGGAGUCGUCCAGCGAAGACGAAGACGAAGAGGCCUCGCUCCGUCACUCCGACCCGAAAUCCAAAGAAGGGAAUUUAUGAACAGAAAUGGAGAUCUCAUCGAUUUACUGAAGACGGCCGAGUCACUCGAAAUUGCAAAGAUUAAAGUGGACCAGGACUUCAAAAUGGACAGUAACCCCCCAGAGUACGACGCCCCCGGAGACUCCUGGGAACAGUAUUUCAAUGACAACAACGAGUAUCAAGUCGACGAGUUUAUCAACCCCUGUGAAAACUACCACUGCCCACGAGGGAAGGUGUGUGCGGUCAGUAAAGAUAACAAACCAAAGUGCAUCUGCCAGGACCCCUCGACGUGUCUACAGCCCGCCGGUCAAGCUGAGCUUGUGUGCGGCACAGACAACCAAACCUAUGAAAGCUCCUGUCAUCUCUUCACAGCCAAGUGCUUCAGUGAAGGAGCUCAGAGAAGACCAGGCCUUCAUCUCGACUACCUCGGUGCUUGUCGGUACAUUGCCCCAUGCCAGGACCAUGAGCUGGCGCAGUUCUCUCUGCACAUUAAGAACUGGCUGAAAGAAGUCCUGGUGCACCUCUAUGAAUACGACCUGAAAAACCCGGGAUUCCUGACGAAGAAGCAAAGGAUCAUCGUUAAAAAAAUCUAUGACCUCCAGAGGCAACUCAAAGUGGGCACGUACACCUCCAGCUGGCGGAGGAGCACCUUUGAGACCAACUACCUGAUGCACGUCUAUCCAGUCCACUGGCAGUUUGGACAACUCGACCAGAAGCCUGCAGAUGGCUACCUGAGUCACUCUGAGCUGGCCCCCCUUCGCACCUCGCUGAUACCCAUGGACCACUGCACCUCCCGCUUCUUCAGAGAGUGUGACCUGAACCGGGACAGACGGGUGUCUCUCAAGGAGUGGUGUUCAUGUUUUGGCACAAGGAAUGAAAUUGACCUUCUGUUUUAACUGCUGACCAGAGUUGCUGGUGUUGUGAAGACAAUCAGCAUCCAACAAAGAAGUAGAAGAAGAAGAGCUGAGGACUACUGGGGGUGUGGGGGUCCUUCUUUUCUUUGUUGUUGUGACCUUUCUGCUCUAACUCACUACACACAAAGUUUCACCAUCUCCUCGAUGUGGAGGUCCCCUGAAGUUGUGGCCACAUUAUCACCCAUCAUUUGCACUAACGUUCUUUUCUCAUUUUCCAAUGAAUUUCACGCCCGUCUGUGGUGGACUGGUGUCCCUUCCAGGGUGGUUCCCCGCUGCCUUGUGUCUGCUAUUACUGGGCUUCAGCACCAGGAGACCCUGAACUGGACUGAGCUGGCUUGGCUGCAUUUCCCUGCUUGACCACAGGUGUCGCUAUUUCCCAGUUUCUCCAAAAUGUUGUGUGGCAGGGUUGCCAUAAAUGAGACAUGC